CUACUUAAUCAUUAAGAAAGAAAGAAUUCACCAAAAGUCAAUGAAACCUAUCAAUCUACUUUUACUUCAAUGUCUGCUAAUCCUUUAUUCGAAUCUUUACCAUCUGAGCUCAUCGAUCGAAUCUUAAUUCAACUUGAUCCUAUCGAUAUAUCUUCAUGGGCUCAAACUUCUUCCCUAGCUCGUCAUUAUCUUUACUCUAACUCUCCAAUCUCUCAUCAUCUAUUCCAUUUAAUCUUUUUAAAAUACUUUGACCCUCCUAUCACUUCGACUCAUGAGCCCGUCAUGGGUCGUCGUGGUGAGAUUGAAGGAGAAGUGCUUCAUGAACUUUCCCGUCAAAGUUCUCCGUCUGAGCUGAUCGAUUGGAGAGAAUUGGUUCAACGUAGGAUCAAAUUGAGACAAACUCUUGCUCCUACUCAGGAUGAGAUCCUUUGUACAAGACUGUCAAAGAAUUAUCCAGGAAGAGAAAAGAUGAUGGAAGUGUAUCGCGAUAUAUUUGAUUUACUUAAUUCGGCUUCAUCAUCCAUCACUUCAACAUCCAGAAACAUUGAAUUCUUACAUCAACUCUUUCAUCAAAACACUUCAGCUCAAUUUCGAAUCUUACAUUUCUCUGGGCAAAACUUUCAUACCCAGAUUUUAUUUGAUCAUCGACCAUGUUUAAACGAUUCACUAGUGUCUGCAGCCGCAGAGUUACAUACGAAGUUUGGUUUAACCGAUCUAGAUCGAUCCAGACCUCGAUCUCGUGGUGUGGCCCGUGAAGCUUGUUAUGCACUUUCCAACAAUCAUCCAGAAAACUUUUAUGGUCCGUUUAUGCCAGAUAGAUCAGGUCGAGUGAAUUGGGCACAUCUAGAAGCCUUGAGUGUGGUGGUCGGCUUAAACUUAACUUAUGCAAGUCAGGCUCAACCUACUACGUCUCAUACACCGGCCACAGGUGUUUUGAUCACUGAUAUUGUGAUUCAUUCAUCACAAGAUCCUCAAGAUCAGAUGGCUCAGUUGAACAUCGGUCCGAAUUGGGCUGAUAUCGAUUGGCCUAUCUUAUCGGGUCUUUCAACCGCAAGACCUCAUACUCAAAUCAUGAAUCCGGCUUAUUUUUAUCCUGCUCCUCCUUGGCCACCUACCACUAGUCUUGAUCCAAAUCAAAUCGAUCUGAAUCGGUAUGAUUGGGCUGGUGUGUCAGGCAAAUGGUUACGAGUGGUGUGUUUUCUAGACUAUCGUGAUUUACAUGCGUAUAACUUUUACGGAGCUAAUCCCAGACCAACGCUAGAUGAUCAUAAUGAAGCGAUCAGACUUAUGACACUUGAUCUUAAAGUGGUCUCAAUCGGUUGUAAACCAGAUUCAGAUCCAACUCAUCCCACCCCACCUUGUCUAUACACCAGUCGACGUCCACCGAUCUAUUUCCGUGGGACUUCAGUUUCCAAUAGCUCCACAACCCUUGUACAUGCUACUUCAUUAGUAAGAGGAUGUGUGUCAGAAACGUCGGAUGGAGAAGUCAGAUGGAGCGUAGUGAGUACGUUUGAAGGUGGAGAUCGUUGGUCGUCUGAAGGGAUUCAGGUAGGUGGCGUUCGUGCCAAAUGGGGUGUGGUAGGAGUUUGGACAGAUGUGAAUAGAGGUGAUGUAGAAGGACCGGCUGGACCAUUUUAUUUCUUCAAGGUAGCCUAUUGAACGUCUUACGUUUUUUUUGACUUUUGGUUUUUUUCAUAUAUAAAUGGUACAUGAUGAUUUUUUAAAUAUUGAUUGUUGAGAAAGAAAAAAGAAUGAAAGAAAAAUAAGAUGUUUAAAUGAUUCUUAUUACUUUUUUGCGCCGGGGAGGAGGGAGGAAAGGGAAAACAAGGGAGGGAAAGGGUUGUAAAUUUUUGUAUAUGGUUUGACAAGGUUUUAUCACAACUACACGCAUAUUGGUUUUUAUUUUUGGAUUUUUGAAGGAAAGAAUUAUGUUUUGCAUCUUGGUUUCAUAUAUUUUUUUUGUUUUUUUUACAAAACUCAUUCUUAGCAUUUAUAUAUAAAUUAGUUGUUUGUUUUUUUUGUUUGAGGGAAGGGAUCAAAAGUGUGUGGGUUUUGUUUUGGAUUGGGUUUGAAAUUUUAAAAAAUUGUAGUUAUUUGGGGUUUGAUUGAUUUGAAGAAAAGAAAUGAAAAGAAAAAGAAGAAGUGAUUUGAAUUG